CACAGAAAAUGUACUGGACAAAGACUAAUGAUUUGAAACAAUGCCAGAAUUCUGUUUACCAGAAGUUACAUAAGAUGUAUUAUCAUGGAACAAACACAGGUGACAAGGUGUAUGAAUGGAAGAUAGGCUUUAUCUCCAAGUCUCACUUGACUAAGCAUCAUGGAACUCAAGCAGGGGAGAAACCUUAUGACUGUAAUGUAUGUGGAAAAGCUUACCUCACCCAGUCACUUCUCACUGUUCAUUAUCAAACUCACACUGGUUAUAAGCCCUAUGAAUGUAGCAAAUGUGCGAAAAACUCCAUUCUGAACUCAUAUCCUAAUAAGUAUCAGAGAACUCAUACAGGUGAGAAGCCUUAUGAAUGUGGAAAAGCUUACAUCACCAAGUCACAGCUUACUGUGCAUCAUCAAACACAUACAUGUGAAACGCCAUAUGAAUGUUUGGAAUGUAGCAAAGCUUUCAUCUCCAAGUCAUGCCUCAUGACACUUCAGAAAACUCACACAGGUGAGAAGCCAUAUGAAUGUACUGAGUGUGGGAAAGCUUUCAUCUUCCAUUCAAAACUUAAUAGGCAUAAGAGAACUCAUACAGGUGAAAAGCCUUAUGAAUGUACUGAGUGUCGGAAAGCUUUCUUCUCCAAGUCAUAUCUCACAGAACAUCAGAAAACUCAUGCAGGGGAGAAACCAUAUGAAUGUACUGAAUGUGGGAAAGCAUUCAUCUCCAAGUCAUAUCUUACUAAGCAUCAGAGAACUCACACAGGAGAAAGGCCAUAUGAUUGUACUGAAUGUGGGAAAUCCUUCAUGACCAGGACAUACCUAAUGACUCAUUGGAGAACUCAUACAGGUGAAAAGCCAUAUGAAUGUGCUCAAUGUGAGAAGACCUUCAUCUGUAAGUCACAUCUUAUUAGUCAUCAAAGAACUCACAUUGGUGAAAGGCCAUAUAAAUGUACCGAAUGUGAGAAAACUUUCAUCCACAAGUCACAUCUCAUUAGGCAUCAGAUCACUCACUCAGGAGAAAGGCCAUAUGAUUGUACUGAAUGUGGGAGAGCCUUCGCCUGCAAUUCUUAUCUUAAAUUGCAUAAGAGAACUCACGCAGUUGAGAAGCCAUAUGAAUGUACUGAAUGUGGGAAAGCCUUCACCAUCAAAGUAUAUCUUAAUAGGCAUCAGAGGUCUCACACAGGUGAAAAGCCAUAUGAAUGUACUAAAUGUGGGAAAGCCUUCAACAAGAAGACACAUCUCACUAACCACCAGAGAACUCACACAAAUGAAAAGCCAUAUGAAUGUUGUAAAUGCAAGAAAGCUUUCAUCUGCAAGUCAAAUCUUAUUAGGCAUCAGAGAAUUCAUACAGGUGAAAAAUCACAUGAAUACUGA